AUGGGCAUGUCAUGCCGGGGAUGUGGAGGGCGGAGAAGCUUCAAGAAAUUUGUGAUAGAAAGAAAUAAAGAAGAUGAAAGAAAAAAUGCGGGAAAGGAGGAAGGAGUAGAAGAAGAAAAGGACGUGAGAGAAACGGAAAACAAGGGAAAAGAGGAGGAAAAGAAGGUAGAGGGAAGAGAGGCGCCUCCGUGGAAAUCUCCGCUGGGGCUCAACGGAAACUUAGCGCUCAAUGAAAGAGUGAGAGGACAGCCUGUAGUGAAGGUGUUGCUGCUUGCCUACCAGCGCAGCGGUUCGUCCUUCACAGGAGAGAUACUCUCCUCGGGGGGCAGCGCCUUCUAUGUGUAUGAGCCGCUGUUCCAGUGGCGCCAUCAGUUUGGCUACGCCCCAGACCCUGCCUUUCACCAGGACAUUCCCAAGCUGCUCGGGGACUUGCUUGACUGCAGUCCCGAGGUACUCAACGCGUGGAAGAAAGGAAAUUUCAGAUACUUCAGAAGGAAACCAGAGGGUGCGAAGGACUUCUGUAAAGAUGCUUCUUUCCGCCUCGUGAAGACUAUCCGUGCCAGGAAAUCCCACGUACUGCCCUGGCUUCUCUUGCGGCAGGAUAUCAAGUUGGUUCACUUGGUGCGUGACCCUCGAGGCAUCCUAAACUCAGUGAGUCACGGCGGCAGCAUGUGGACGGACCGAAACAGGGAUGCCGUGUACCAGUGUACCAGUCUAAGGGAGGAUUUGGGCCUGGAGCAGCUAGGGCCACAAAGGUACUUGCGGGUGAGGUAUGAGGACCUUGUUGAUAAGCCCCUGGAGGAGACCAUGCGGGUUUUCUCCUUCAUGGGCAUCCCUGUGAACUCUUCAGUGCUUUCCUUCCUGAAGGUCCACACCGGCAUGGAUGCAGCGGGUUCACCGUUACAACACAGGUACAUGAACACCUUUAGACAAGAAGACUUCCACCAUGACCAUUGGAAGGAAGAGCUAGACAGGGCCCACAUUCAACACAUUGAAGAUGUGUGCCGGGAGGUGAUGAGUCUUCUUCAUUACUCAGCAUUACCACCUCCCUGAUCUGUUGCCUCACUCAGGCAGCCUUUUAAUCUUGUAGUCUGAAUAUACAUAUCUGUUCAUGACAAAUAUGGCAGGUUGGUUUGUUCUGUGCUUGUGUGACUUGUACAAACUGUAUUCAGUGUUUAGUUGUGUAGAAAGUUGGCAUGCUUUGUUUUGAAUUCUUUAAUCAAAAACAAACGGAGCUGCUCUGUUUUUUAAAAAUGAGAGCAAAGACUGUAGUACUGACUUGGGUUUUCAUCAUUUCCCUAGUUAUGAGCAAAUGAUCUAGUCAGUGGUUCUCAAUACACUAUAUGAGUAGUUGCAUAGUUUGAUAUUUUUACACAUUACUGACACAAUUCUUUUGUCAUCUAUAACUUCAUUUCAUAUAACAAGGUAUUGAUUAUUUAUUUUAAAAUGAUUAUGGUGAUUCAGGCCAUCCAGUCGAAUGUGAUAUGGUGACAAACUUGGCACGC